UUUGUACUCACAAUCAUGAACCUAACUUCAUUGCAAAAAGGUACAAACUGUUACCAGAGGGACAUACAUAGGGAUCACAAGAUGAGCUCUAAACCCGUUAAAGGAAAGCACAUCAGCUUCUUCUAAGUUAAAUUUGGUACUUGCAACACCAAGGGCACAGAUGCAUUAUCUUGUUUCCCGGGAAGGCUUGAAUUGUGAUUUGCUCAGUUUGUAAUGUUAAAGUUAACAGUGCUAGAAGAAGAGGCUAGAGUCACUAGUGUGUCUAGUAGGCAUGUCAGGACAAGAGGCCAAAGGAUCUGCUUUCAGUUAUUGACAUCUUUGGUGCGGAAUAUAAAUAAUCUUCUGAUAAUGGGUGAUUAUUUUAUAAUGAAUCAAAGUAGGAAAAAAUAGUAUUGCCCAGCAAUGGCAGUUGCAAAGAGUUUGGUAGGUUCUUUGAGUCUUUCAGUGAACAUUUUUGUACAGAUUAGGGAAAAUUUCUUAAGGCAGCUGCCUUUCUACUACCUCUUAUCCAAGAGAAUCAUCAGGAGACACAUUUCUCAAUCAUUUCUUGUAUCAAAAAAGGAAUGUUUUUCUCUCCAACAGAUGGAACACAACACUAAAACUUCCCAACCUAGUAAGAAGCAGCACGACACUAAAAGUUCAACAUCUACUAAUGAAGUGAAUGUGGAAAUGAGCAACACAAGUAAUUCCUCAUUUGUGAAUCAUGGUUUAAUGGCUUGGAACCAAAGUAGAAAAGUAUGGGUUGGAGAUCAACCGAAAGAGUCAAAAAGGACAGUGAAAGAUUCAGUCAUAAGCUGGACAUCGACUUAUGAAGAUCUCCUGUCAACUAAUUCGCGUUUUCCUGAGUCAAUUCCUUUGGCUGAAAUGGUAGACUUUUUAGUUGAUAUUUGGUACGACGAAAUCCUCCAUGGUUAAGAUCAGUUAUUAUUGAUGUUGUUACAACUAGUGUGACUUUUUAGUUUUUCAUUUGGAUAUUUUGGUUUAUAACUAUUAAGUAGGAUGCAAAUGGAAAUAACUUCUUGUUAACAAAUUGAUGGUAAGCCACACUAGUUGUAUGAUGGGAGGUGAUUAGCAAACAGACUGUUAUUGUCAGCAACAUCAAACCUUAAAUUCUGAUGUUGAAAGAAUUUCUAUGUUAGAGGAUCCGAAUAUGACAUAUAAACCCUCAAUAUGUUUCUUAA